AUGACUUGUUGUUGUGGUAAAACUUGCAAGGGUCGGAUGCAUCAAAGAUCAUGUAAAUCGUACAAAUCGCUCAGAUCCACGAAGUCCAAAGUGGAACCAGUCGACAGCGGUGACAACAAUGCAACAACAUUUCAACACACAUCAGAUUCAACAACUAUUCCAAAACCACUACCGGGUAUAAAACUACCCAAAUCGUCAACACUUUGGGCUGAAGCCAACGCAUUUUUUCAUAUUGAACUAAAACGUCUUGAUAACUGUGCUGAUGUUGACAACUUCGCCAUCGUAUUUCAAAACAUACUUUACUCAUAUUUUGCGUCAAAUUAUGGAACGUUAACAAAAGAUUCAACACCCAAAAAGCACAAAAAUUGCAAUAUUAGACAUUUAAAAACAAAAUUAAAAAACUUAAAGACAUUGGCUCAGUCAGAUAGCCAACUCAACAGUGACGUCAUCAAGCUCAGUAGGCAGAUAAGGGCAACAUUAAAAACUAAUAAAGUAUCUAAAAAUAAAGACAACAUUUCAACUAAACUGAAACAGAACUUCUGGAAAACAUGUAAUAAUAUUUUUAACAAAUCUAAUUCUCAAUCGCCACUCUUCAACAUGGAAACAGCAACUAACUUCUUUAAAAAUAAUCUACUAAACGCAGGUGAUCGUACCACGUUUUGUCUCCCAAAUUGGAUCCCUCUCCUUCCUUCUCCGUCGUUUCAAGGAAAUUUAAAUCCGCCAACCUACAAUGAGAUUACUGCAAUUGUGAAGAAAAGCAAAGCAAAGGCAUCUCCUAUAUCAUCAAACGAAACAAAGUAUAUCAUGAUACAUCAUGAUAUGAUAUGA